AUGAUUAUACAGUCAAAGCUGCCCGACAUUGAAUGCCCAACGCAUCUGACCGUGUGGGAAUGGGCGUUCGAAGAUGCAAAAUCGUCGCUACUGUAUAACGUCGCGCCAGAGGAGAUCGGCGGCUAUGCGGAUGCAACAACCUCCCAGCGGCUCGACUUCUUCCAAGUGAAAGAACAUGCCACACACCUGUGCACUGCACUGGUCAAGAAGUAUGGACUUCAGCCCCAAGACACCAUGUCCCUAUUUAGUCGCAACUCGAUAUGGUACCCGGUGGCUAUGUUCGCCACUUUGCGAGCUGGCGGAACGGUCAACGGCGCCUCGCCCGCGUAUGGCGAGGCUGAAAUGACAAGUGCCCUGAAGACGGCGCACACCAGGUUUAUAAUGGCGGCAUCCAGCUGCAUCCAGGUCGCGUUGGCAGCAGCCAAAGCAGCCGGAAUCCCUCGAGACAGGAUCUUUCUCCUCGAGGGGCGGCACGAUGAUCUCACUACGAUAUCUGAGCUCAUAGAUAUCGGCCGCGAGUAUGGGCGAUAUGGACAGAGCCCAAUAUUCCGAAUACCGCCUGGGAAGACGAAUGACAUCUGUGGAUUUCUCACUUUCAGCAGCGGUACGACGGGUUUCCCAAAAGCCGUCAUGCUCUCGCACAAGAAUGCGAUUGCUCAGUGCAUUCAACUGAAAGCCGUGGCAUUGCCCGAGAAGAAGCGCCAGCUUGCUUGUCUUCCCUUGUUUCACAUUAGUGGACUCAUCCGUUUCGUUCUGUGGCCUGUUGCGAGCAAUGAUGAGUGUGUCAUGCUUCCGCAAUUUACCAUGGAGUCGUUCCUCGAAGCCAUCGCCAAGUAUCGCAUUACCGAUCUUUCCUUGGUACCGUCGAUUGUCAUACGGUUGCUAGGGGACCCCGUUGUUGAUCGGUACGACCUAUCAUCUUUGCGGCGGUUAGCCUCUGGCGCGGCGCCUCUCGGGGCCGAGGUUCUGGAGCGUCUUCGUCAGAAGAUGCCCUGGACAGGUUUCAGGCAAAGCUAUGGGUUGACGGAGUCAUGCUGUUGCGUCUCAACGCACCCUCCCGAGUACUACGACUACCAGUACGGAAAUAAUAGCGGCGUUCUUCUCGGCUCAACCGUUGUCAAGGUCAUUGAUACCAUCACGGGUAAGGAGCUAGGGAUAGACGAGACGGGAGAGAUCCUUGUUAAGGGUCCGCAGGUCGGGAUGGGUUACCUGGCAAACCCAAGGGAAACAGCCGAGACCUUUGGUUCGGACGGCUUCUUGCACACCGGCGACGUUGGCAAGAUUGAUAGUCAAGGGUUCAUCCAUAUCGUCGACCGGAUCAAGGAGAUGAUCAAGGUCAAGGGCCAGCAAGUCGCCCCUGCUGAUCUAGAACACCUCUUGAUCGGCCACCCGAGCGUUGCCGAUUGCGCGGUGAUCGGGGUGCCUGACCACUACAGUGCUGAGAGACCCAAGGCAUUCGUUGUCUUGAAGCCUGGUAUUGAGCCUACCGAGAGUCUAGGCCACGAGUUGAUGAAGUACAUCAAGGAGAGGCGUGUCCGAUACAAGUGGGUCAAGGAAGUUGAGUUCAUCUCCGAGAUACCGAAGAACCCUAGUGGCAAGAUUCUCCGGCGGGUGCUCAAAGCGAACAAGGGAGCAGCACUUGGGCCUGUGGUCAAGGAUGCUCAGGAUCGGGCAAGGUUGUGA